AUGGCCAAGGCAUCCCUGCCGCUGCCGUCGCUGCUCGUGCACGCCCUCGUCCUCGCCACCUGCUUCUUUCACCCCUGCCCGGCGCAGCCGCAGGGCCACACCAAAAACAUCUCGGCCAUCGAGGCCGCGGUCCGUGGCCGCGCGUCCGAGCUGCUCCGCGACACCACCACCAACACGAGCCAGCUCGUCGACCUGCCCCUCCCGGCCAACCUCUCCGCGAGACAGGCGGCGUCGGGUUCGAGCUCGCAGCAGCGCGUAAGUAACGCGCUCUGGGCUGACGGCGUCAACGCCACGGGAUUCACCAUCCCGCCGCGCGUCGUGCCAGCCCCGUUCGCGCGCCGCCUCACCAUCGUCUUCGAGCGCUUCGUAGGAAACUCCACGGUCGCGUUCGCCGCGCCGCGUCGGUACGCGCUGGCCGCGCCCGUGGCUGGCCUCCUCGCGUACGACGUGUCAAUAAGAAGCUAA